GCACCCUUGUUAAGAGGUAGUAAUAAUCUGUAAUAAUUCAGUCAGACAUAUUUACACUGUCUUAUUAGUAGGUUGGAUUAGAAGUGUAUUAAGGAACCGAUGAAGUUUCUUACCCACCUAUUUAAAGAUUAUCUCAGGAAACAAUUAUUUAUCCUAACAAUCUCAUAUGCAAUAGGAACCACCUUUUCCUGUUCUCCAAACUUUAGGUUAAGAUAAAUAUUCUUGCUUUCUCUAGUCUUUUCUUAGGCCCUGGCAGCCUUUUGAUGUCUCAACCUCAAUAAAAAUCAAGCAAUUUUCGUAAACAACCUCAAUCUUAAAACAUGUGUAUUUACUUAUCCUGUAGGAAUCUUUACUUAUCUAGCAACAUAGAAUAGCUAUCCUUGAGAAGCUUUUAAAAGAGUGAAUUUCUAAAUUUCUUGUCACCCAAUUCCCAUUUAGCAUUAAUAAGGAGAGGCAGCAUUAUGACAGAGUUCCUGAAGGAUAUGCAGUUCACUUUCUCGUCAAGAAAUGCUAAAAUGAAGAAUGCUGAAAUGUACUCUUGGCUUCUGUAUCCCUGAAACAGUUUUUUUACAAGGCCAUCGAGCCCGUGUUUGGGGUUAUUUUUAAAUAAGAAACAGCUCUAUGAAAGUUGAUUAUGUUUUUUUGAGAAUGUUGAGAAAAUUUUUCAUUUUAUUACAUUGGGUCUUCUCUAUGAAAAUCUUAUGAAGAGGUUCCUUUCUUGUCUUAGGAUCGUUCUUCUGAGCAACUGCUUUACUUUAAUCUUAUGGACCCUGAAAUUCGUAAUAACUACUUCUCACUUUUUGCACUGACAAUUUGACAAUUAAAAAGCCUAGAACCAAAUAAAUGACCCUACCAUUCUAAUCGCAGUGGCUUCAUUUGGUUCCAAUUUCAUAUCCUUAUCCUUAUUUUUCCAUUACUGUAUGUUUUCACCUUUAAAAAAUAUAAAUGUAUAGGUCUCUUUGGGUAUUUUAUUUAGAUACUUUCAAUUAUAUUCAGAAUAAGCUAGCGUACACAUAUAGGAAAAUCAUUUAGGAUUUUUUACCUUGGCAAUAAAACCAAUCCUUAAUGCUAUUCCUACUUCUGGGGUCAGAGAUUCUAUUCUGUUGAGAAGCUUGCCUCUUUCACCUUUAAUUAUCCUAAGGAGAUUCUGGUCUUUCCCUGAUGUUUAUGGUAUUUUUGAUCGUUCCUUUAGAGUACAGAGCACUCCAGGGAGCGUGACUCCUAUAAAAAAAAAUCUGAGAUAAACUUAAUCAUCUUAACCUGCCAAGGGCAUCUCCCAUUGUCUUCUUUCAGUGUAUAUUUAAUAGAUACAAUCCAUUCAUUUUAUGAAGUAAUGAAAAGGAUUAUCCAUUCAUUUUCCAACUUCUUGACUCAUUGAUUCACAGCUUCUCUCAGUGUGCAAUAACAUUCAGGUCUGAUUUCAUACUAUUUUUCAAUUGCUUUCUCAAAAAUAUUAUUUGAUCAUCAGCUUCUGUGAGUAAAAAAAUCCUGAAAACUCUUGAUCAUUUUAAAUUUGGCUACCAAGUUUAAUUUUAUCCAGAGGCCUGACCUUUGGAUGUUUGAUUCUUCAUUUGAUUCUUCACCUGAUUCCAAGUCAUCAUAUGCAUUGACAUUUUCCCCACGUUCAAACUGGCAGAUUUUUCCACCUGCUGCGAUGGUGUUGUGGUGGUAGAACUAAAUUUUUUUGAGGGUCUUAAACUCUUUCAAGCCACAUCAGAUCACAAUCCAAUCUCAUUGGUGAAACUGACCUUUUUGUUUUCCCACUGCUCUUUUCAAAGGCUUUUAGCAAACCUUUUCUGUGCUGCAACCCUAUCCAUUCCAUCAUGCUUUCUGCCCACUUAUGCUGGGAGAAGUAUUUGAGUUCAGAGGCAAGUCUGAAAGGAACAACCAAGUUUAAUGAGAAAUUAUUUUGACUGCUAUGGGACGAGAAGAACUUUUCUUGUUCACCAUAAUUUAUUUUUUUAUUAUUUCCUGUGUGUGAAUUCUAUUAAAAAGUUCAAGUAGUCAUUUACUGGGUAAAUGCUAGACAGAUGUAAUAUGUCAGAAGGUUUUCUAAGCUAUAAUUCUUCUCACCUUCAUUUGAUUAUUCAGUUUCUGCAUAAAAGUUAUUUUAUUGCAAACCACUAGUUAUAAGCUUAAGUGCAUCAACUCAGUUACAAUGAUAGUACUCUGGUAAAAUUUUAGAUUAACAGUAGUGAAAAUUUUACUUUUAUGUAUGUCUAAGAAUAAAAGCAUAUCAAAACUCUUGAUUGCCAGCAGAAUAGAAGCUACAGAAUAUAAAAUCUAAAAGUCAAAAAUUUAAUAUAUUUUACUAUUAAAAUAUUUUGAUGUUAAAGACCUCAAGAGCUUGAAGAAAAUAAAAUUCCAGAGAAACAGGCCAUGUUCAUAUUUUUAAAAUCGAAUGUUCUUUUACAUUACAGCUACUUAAUUUUAAGAGAAAAGGCAUGAAAAUAAGAGACUACCUUGUUCUAAAAGACAUAGAAACUAAUUGUAAUAUUAUAUAAGAAAAUUAAAGUGAGAAUGUAAACUUGUUGACUGUCACAAUUUAAUAUUUAAUCUAUUCAAACAUCGAAUUUAACCUUUCUCCAAAAUUUUCUUUCCUUUCAUGUUUUCAUGUUUGUAUAUCUUAAGCAGCAUCUUCUCUAUUUUCUUAUUUCUUGCCUCAUUAAUCCCACUUCUUGUCAUGUUUUCCGUGUUCUUGUAUACAGUCCUGUUUGAUUUAAAAUGUAAUCGCACCCACACUCUUUAUUCUCUUCCUUUACUGUUUAAUGAGGACUCAAAAAUUAUUCAAGAUUUGCUGAGUAGCUAUUAUAUUCUGGACACUUAGGUAGGCACUGCAGGUACAAAAAUGGAUAAUAUGUAAACACUUCUCCUAAGUAGUUCACAGUUCAUAGAAGCCAUAAGCAGGUAAAGCAAUACUUAUUAUGUAAAAAGAUAUGUGAAUAAAUGAACAGAUGGAAUUGCCACUUCCCAUUCAGAGUGUGCUAUAGUGCAGAGUUAGAAACAACCAUUGGAAAAGGUGGAACAAGCUUCCAUAAAAGCAAUGAUAUUUGUUAAAGUAGAUGUUUUUGCUUGGCAGAGACAGGAUGUAGAAAACUAUAUAGAUGAAACAGCAUCAUUCAAGGAUUGAAAACAUGAAGUAGAAUGGUGUGGUCAAUGAACUGCAUAGAGUUAUUGGGGGUCUAGUGCAAAACUCUUGUGGGAAACUGAUACGGUGGUGAAACAAUAGUGUUGGCAGAGAUGCUUUUCCUAUCAGUUGUGUAGAAGAUGCAUAAUCAUUGACGAAUGAUUAAAAAAAAAGAGGGACAAUAUUAAUUUUCAUUUUUCAGCAUCACUUUGUUGUCAGGGUGAAUGAUGACCAAAAGGGGAUGAGGCUGGACAGAGGAUGAGAAAUCCAUUAGAGGAGACAAGUCUGGGAGGAAGAUUUUGAGAUCAGCACUGGGAGUGGAGGAGAGUGAAUGGUCGAGAGAAGUAUUUACAGUGAGGACUACGUAAGUCUUGGGUGUUGUUUUGUUUUGGAAAGGUGCUGUAAAAAUAUAAUUUAGGAAUAAAUUCCAGGUUUCUGCUUUGUAUGGGUGGUAAUGCAAAUAAGAUGAGGCGGUAGUUGCAUACAUGAUUGCUCAUUAAUUUUUUUGUGCAUAAGUUUAAAAUCUCCGACCUAUUGGAUACUUGGCCUUGUGACUUCCUUUAGGUAAUAAAACAUGACCAGGAAUCUGUGUUUCUCUACAAGCGGAAAUAAAGCUGUAAGAAAAGGCAUUUAAUUCACAUGUUUUCUUUUCUUUCUACCAUAAGACCUUCAGUGUUCCAAAUGGACAUUACUGUACCACCUGGAUCCCAGGAUCAAGAGGACAUCAAACAAAGCCCUAGCUAAGCAACAAUAUAAAUUUAUUCCUCUAUGACAGUUAAAUACCAGGGUCAUUUGUUAACUGUGCCAUCAACUAAUCUAUCCUGACUCAUACAGAGGAAUGUACCACUAAAAGGCAAGCUUUGGAGAGGUGAUUAAUUCAGCUUUGGACAGGUUGAGACUAGGCCUUGAGGAGGCACUUGUAUUUAAUAGCAUUAGAGAACUCAUAAGACACAUUUUCACUUCAGUGCUUCCUUUCUUUCUUUUUUUUCUUUUCUUUUCUUUUCUUUUCUUUUUUUUUUUUUGAGAUAGAGUCUCGCUCUGUCACCCAGGCUGAAAUUCAGUGGCACAAUCUCGGAUCACUGCAACCUCCACCUCCUGGGUUCAAGCAAUUCUCCUGCCUCAGCCUCCCAAGUAGCUGGGAUUACAGGCACCCACCACCAUGCCCGAAUAAUUUUUAAAAAUAUUUUUAGUAGAGACAGGGUUUCAUCAUGUUGGCCAGCCUGGUCUCGAACUUCUGACCUCAGGUGAUCCACCCACCUCAGUCUCCCAAAGUGCCUGGAUUACAGGCGUGAGCCGCCGUGCCCGGCCCUUUUCUUAAGUGAUUAUUCUAUUUUUGGUGUUUUGCGUAUUGGAAGGCAGUACUGCAUAAUGGUUAAAGGUACAUUCUCUAAUGCCACACUGUCUAUGUUAGAAUUGCAACUGUUUAAUCUCAAAGUUUUGAUGCUUUGGUUUCCUCAUCUGUAAAAUAAAGAUGAUCAAUCUGCCUCAUAGGGUUGCUGUGAGAAAUAAAGUAAGAUACAUAUCUGCACUUAGAAAACUGUCUGGCUCAUAUUAAGUGCUAUGUAAUGUUACUGCUACUAUUUUUGUAUUCAUAAUUAUAUACUUUCUAAAGCAAGUGAAAUAUGCAGGUAGGUAUGUUUGUAUGACAUUCCAUUUUCCAUUUAGGCUAGAAGAAAAAAAUAAUGAGUAAAAACAAUUUCCAGGCUUACCUUUUGAAGAAGUCUGUUCUACUGAAAAUAAUUUUUAUUAUUUAAUGUGAGAUUUUUUUUCUAAGUAUAAAAAAGUGUCUUAAAAUUUGAUUUGCUAAUCAGCCCUUGUAAUAUACACACCUAGUCUUUAUAAGAUAUGAAAAAAUUAUUUAAAAACUAAACUAGUCUUUGAAAAUGAAGUUGAUCAAAGAAACAUACAAAUGUCAGUAGACUAAUUAAAAUAUUAAAUAACCUCCUAUAGCAUGCUCUCAAUAAUAAGGAAAAUUAUUCUUAGGUUAUUCUUGGAUUCCUUCCUCCUAUUUGAGAGCCCAGUAGUCUAUUUCUUUCCAACAACAGAAUUUUUUAAUUAAAAUAUGGGUUUCUGUUCAAACCUCAGGUAAUGAGAAAACUUAAAUCACCUAAAAUACCCAUUUUUUUUUUAUCAUUCCCAUUAAUGAAGGCCCUUCCCCAUUAACAAAGGUUGGUGUUGAUCAGACUAGAUCUUUUUUUUUUUUCAUUUCCAACUUUUAGGUUCAGGGGAUACAUGUGCAGGCAUGUCACAUAGAUAAAUUGUAUGUCUCAGGUGUUUGGUUUAAAGAUUAUUUCAUCACACAGGUUAUGAGCACAGUACCUGAUAGAUAGUUUUCAAUCUUCGCUCUCAUCCCAUUCUCCACCCUCAGAUAGGCCCCAGUGUCUAUUGUUCCCGUGUUUGUGUCCAUGUGUACUCAAUGUUUAGCUCUCACUCAUAAGUGAGAAUAUGUAAAAUUUGAUUUUCUGUUCAUACAUUAAUUCACUUAGGAUAGGGGCCUCCAGCUCUAUCCAUGUUGCUGCAAAGGACAUGUUCUCAUUCUUUUCUAUGGCUGCCUAGUAUUCUAUUGUAUAUCUGUACCAUAUAAUAUUUUUUUAAUCCAGUCCACUCUUGAUGGGCAUCUAGGUUCAUCCAUGUCUUUGCUAUUGUGAAUAGUGCUGCUAUGAACAUAUGCAUGCAUGUGACCUUACGGUAGAAAAAUUUAUAUUUUGGGGGGUACAUACCCUGUAACAGAAUUGCUGGGUAAAAUGGUAGUUGUGUUUUAAGAUCUUUAAGAAAUCUCCAAACUGCUUCCCACACUGGCUGGAUUAAUUUACAUUCCCACCAGUAGCGUAUAAGGGUUCCCUUUUGUCCACAACCUCACCAGCAUCUGUUACUUUUUGACCCUUUAAUUAUAGCCAUUCUGACGGGCAUGGGAUGGUAUCUCAUUGUGGUUUUGAUUUGCAUUUCCCUGGUGAUUACCAAUGUUGGGCAUUUUUUCAUAUGCUUGUUGGCGACAUGUAUGUCUUCCUUUGAGACGUGUCUGUUUACAUCUUUUACUCACUUUUUAAUGGGCUUGAUUGUUUUUUGCCUGCUAAUUUAAGUUCCUUAUAGAUGCUGAUAUUAGACCUUUGUUGGAUGCAGUGUGCAAAUAUUUUCUCCCAUUCUGUAGGUUGUUUUUUUUAUUCUGCUGAUAGCUUUGUUUGCUCUGCAGAAGCUUUUGAGUUUGAUUAGGUCCUACUUCUCAAUUAUGGUUUUCUUUGCAAUUGCUUUUGGAGUCUUCAUCAUGAAAUCUUUGCUGGAGCCUAGGUACACAAUCAUAUUUCCUAGGUUUUCUUCUAGCGUUUUUAUAGUUUUAGGUUUUACAUUUAUGUCUUUAAUCCAUCUUGAGUUGAUUUUUGUAUAUGGUAAAAAGAAGUGGUACAAUUUCAUUCUUCUGCAUAUGGCUAGCCAGUUAUCCCAGCAUAAUUUAUUGACUAAGGACUCCUUUCCCCAUUGGUUGUUAUUACUGAUUUUGUUGGAGAUCAGAUGGUUGUAGGUGUGUGGCUUUAUGUCUGGGUUCUCUAACUUGUUCCAUUAGUCAAUGUGUCUAUUUUUGUAUCAGUACUAUGCUGUUUUGGUUACUGUAGUCUUAGAAUGUAGUUUGAAGUCAGGUAGUGUAAUGCAUCUGGCAUUGUUCGUUUUGCUUAGGAUUUAUUUGAUUAGUCAGGCUCUUUUUGGUUCCAUAUGAGUUUUAGAAUAGUUUGUUUUCCCUAAUUCUAUAAAAACUGUCAUUCAUGGUUUGAUAGGAAUAGCACUGAAUUUGGACAUGGCUUUGGGCAAUGUGGCCAUUUUAGUGAUAUUGAUUCUUCUAAUCCAUGAGCAUGGACUGUUUUCCAUUUCAUGAAAUGAUUUUUUUCAGCAGUGUUUUGAAAUCCUCACUGUAGGGAUCUUUUCACUGAUUUCUUUCACCAGUGUUUUGUAAUUCUCAUUGUAGAGAUGUUUUACCUCCCUGAAUAGCUGUAUUCCUGGGUAUUUUAUUCUUUUUGUGGCUAAUAUGAAUGGAAUUUUGUUGUUUAUUUGGCUCUCAGAUUAGAUAUUGGAUGCUUUUUGUACAUUGAUUUUGUAUCCUGAAAUGCUGCUGAAGUUGUUUAUCAGAUCUAUGACCUUUUGGGCAGAGACUAUGGGAUUUUCUAGGUAUAGAAUCAUAUUGUCUGCAAAGGGAGAUAUAGUUUGACUUCAUCUCUUCUUAUCUGGAUGCUUUUUAUUUAUUUCUGUGGUCUGGUAGCUCUGGCUAUGACUUCUAGGACUAAGUGGAAUAGGAGUGGGAAGAAUGGACAUUCUUUUCUUUUUCCAGUUCUCAAGGCGUAUGCUUCCAGGUGUCAUCUGUUCAGCAUCAUGUCAGUUGUGGGUCUGUCAUAGAUUGCUCUUACUAUUUUGAGGUGUGUUCCUUUGAUGCCUAGUUUGUUGAGGGUUUUUAAAAUGAAGGGAUGCUGAAUUUUAUUGAAAGACUUUUCUGCGUUUAUUGAGAUGAUCAUGUAGUUUUUAUUUUUGGUUUUGGUUAUGUGAUGCAUCACAUCUGUUGAUUUGUGUAUGUUGAAUCAACUUUGCCUUCCAAGAAAGCCUACUCGAUUGUGGCUUUAGCUUUUUCAUGUGCAGCUGGAUUCAGUUUGCUAGUAUUUAGUUGAGGAUUUUUGCAUCUAUGUUUGCAUUAAUACCUGUUUUUGCAUCAAUAUUAGGGAUAUUGGCCUGAAGUUUUCUUUGUUAUUGUGUCUCUGCAGGGUUUUGCUAUCAGAAUGAUGCUUGCCUCACUGCAUGAGUUAGGGAAGAGACCCCCCUUCUCAAUUUUCUUGAAAUAGUUUCAGUAGGAUUGGUACCAGCUCUUCUUUAUACAAUGGGUAGAAUUUGGCUGUGAAUUCAUGUAGUCCAGGGCUUUUUCUGGUUUGUAGGCUUUUUAUUGCUGAUUCAACUUUGGAACUUGUUAUUGAUCUUCAGGACAGGGCUUCAAUGUCUUUUUCAUUGAAUUUUCGGAGCUUGCAUGUUUCCAGGAAUUUAUCCAUUUCUUCUAGAUUUUCUAGUUUGUGUGCACAGAGGUGUUCAUAAGAGUCUCUGGGGGACUUUAUAUUUCUGUGGAGUCACUGGCAAUGUCCCCUUUUUAUUUGGAUCUUCUCUUUUUUUCAUUAUUAGUCUAGCUAGCAGUUUAUCAAUCAUAUGUAUUAUUUCAAGGAACCAACCUGUUGCUUUGUUGAUAUUUUAUAUGAUUUCCUGCCUCUUCAUUUCGUUACAUUCAGCUCGGGUUUGGGUUAUUUUCUUCUGCUAGUUUUGGGUUGGUUUGCUCUUGUUUUUCUAGUUCUUCUAGAGGCGAUGUUAGGUUGGUUGUUAGUUUGAGAUCUUUCUUAUUUUCGGUGUAAGUGUUUGGUGCUUUACUUUCCUAUUAACACUGCUUUAGCUGUGUCCCAGAGAUUUUGAUAGUAUCUUCAUUUUCAUUAGUUAUAAAGAAUUUCCUGAUUUAUGCCUUAAUUUCAUUAUUUACCCAAAAGUUAUUCAGAAGCAGGUUUAAUUUCCAUGUAAUUGUAUGAUCUUGAUGGAUCUUCUUGGUAUUAAUUUAUAUUUUUAUUGUGCUGUUGUCCAAGGGUGUAGUUGAUAUGAUUUUUUUUUCAAUUUGUUGAGAAUUGCUUUAUGGCUGAGCAUGUAGUCAAUUUUAAGGUAUGUACUAUGUGCAGAUGAGAAGUAUUUAUAUUCUCUUGUUGGGUGGAGUGUUUUAUAGAUAUCUGUUAGGGCUAUUUGGUCAAGUGUCUAUUCAGGUCCCAAAUAUCUUAUUAGUUUUCUGCCUCGAUGAUCUGUCUAAUGUCGUCGGUAGAUUAUUGAAGUCUCCUGCUAUGAUUGUGUGGCUAUCUAAGUUUCUACCAUUUCUUGUUGGCUGUCCACAGCUCUCUGCAAAGCUGCUUAUUCCUAAGAAGGCCUGUAUUCUGGUCUAGGCAGGUUAUCAAAGUCUGCUGUGCUAAAUUUAAAAAGACAACAUUAGUAGGCAGAUGAUGUUGUUAGCACCACACGAAUUAAUUCAGGAAGGUGCUACCUCCAACCACCUACUCAAAUCCUGGUGUCAAGCAUCAGGAACAUAUCUACAUUUCAUUAUCCUUCACUACUAGAGAAACAGUCCAAGUAAGUGUUCAUUGGCGUCUAUGAUGAGUGAGUCUUCUGUCAAACUUGACAACAUAUAAGAUGUAACAUUUACUCUUAAAGAAUGUAGACUCUUUAUUCCACCCAUUCUAUCCUUUUAGUUCCAUGUGUGGUUUAAAAAGGACCUGUGAUGUUUGUCAGUGGCCUUGGACAAUGGGGAAAAUGUGCUUCAUCCAAUUGAACAAUAUAAGUGUGGUGUUUAAACUCAAAGCAUAAGAAGUUUUCUAAACUAGAAAGAAAAAUCCCUUCAUGCAACUUGAAAAAAAAAUUAACUGAAUAAAGAAAGAUAAUUUUUAAUCAUUUUAAUUUAUAAUAGGGCAUAUUGUUCUAUUGUGUCUUUUUAAACAAAGCUUAACACCAUGUUUUCAUUUCAAUUCAUAUCAUUGUAGUUAUCUGAGUGCAAUGUAAUUUAUCUCAUUGUAGUGAUCUUAUUGUACUGACCUACCUUGUUACAAGUGACCAUGCUGAUUGUAAUUAUUUUUAGAAGAUAUUUCUGAAUGUCAAAUGUCAGAAAGUAUAGGGUUUUUUUUUUUUUUUAAAAUAUAGUGCUUAUUUUGGGUUUGUUAUAAAAAUUUUAAAUGGCAUUGUUAGGAUAUAUAAAAGUUUUUGCUUUUAUAUUUUAUAAAUACAAGGAAAAAUUCUGAAGUAUUAUAGUUCGGUCAUCAGAGAAAAGGAAUUUGCACAGAGGUAUCAAACUGCAGGCAAUCAGGAAUAGCAAUAACAUUCGAACUAGAAUACACUGAGACCCGAAAGGUCUCAGUAGUCAAGCAGGCUUCUUGUCAGCUAGCAUGUGUUAUUUUGGGAAUUAGAAAGAAUGCCCUUCUAAAGGGCAAAAUAAAUGUUCGGAAAAAUCAAACAUUUUCAUCAAGGAACUGAAUCUAAUCUCUUAACUGAUGGAGAGGCACAGGCAGGGGGCCUUUCCCUUGCUAGGCAGCAAUGACACCAGAGGCCAAAGGGGCCAGACUGAACCGGAAUGUCUGCAGGCCCAUAUGCCGGGAGGUGAGUCAGAAAAGGUGUUACACGCAAGAGGGAGUAGAGACAACAGUUCAAGCUGAUGUGCAGAAAUACAGCCUUGAAUCCAAAAAAAAAGUAAUAAAAAUAAGAAUGAGCAGAACAGCAUGGUAUAAUCAGACAGGGAGUAGAAGGGUAAGACUGAUUGAUUAUGUGGAAGACCGUUAGCUAGCAGAUAUUGCUUUCAUGGGCUGUAGGACAUGGACAUUGGAUGGAGUGGCCCUGCUGAAAGGGCCAGCAAUAGAAUCAACCCUUCUAAAGCCUCAAGAUCACCUUUCCAGGAUUUGAUAGGAUUAGAACUUCCUUGGAUUUGCAAAGUUAAAAACACACAUCUUUUCUUUUGAGACUAUAACUGUUCUAUUGUCCCAAGUUUUUGUUCUAUUAUGACUUGGCUUUAAUUUAACAUAUUCAACUCAGACCAUUUAGAAGAAAAGGCCUCAAAGGGCCUCCUGCCACCAUUCACGGCACCCAGGCUGUUUGUGCUGAGGGGGUGCCUGCAGGCCCAUGCUGAGCCACCACCCUCGGUCCCCACUCAGCCUGUCUCCGAUGUUCCUCGGCACCCAAAGUCCAGAGGGGGCCGAGGCAGCAUGGGACUGGUGUGUCAGCACUACCCCAUGCAUGUGCACACCCAGCUGGGUUGUGACAGCACCCAAGCUUAGCCACAACUUUGCUCCAAAAUCAGAGUGGGUGCCGGGAGUCGGGGAGACCAGGCAGUGGGAGCAGUUAUUCCGAGCCUGCAGGGCAAAGGGGAUUUCCUGGGCCUCCCAGAGUGCAGAGAUGCCUGGAUCUGCAGCUGUGGCUGGGCAGCUGCAGCUGCGCCUGGAAGGGCAGGGCUCCCACCCUUCCAACUCAGAAGGGAAAGGGCUCCGGCCUAUUCUCAGCUCCGGCUCAGUGGAGUGGAUAGUCCUGGCCACGCCUCCCCGACUGCCAUCACUGCUGCCAUCACUAUGUGAUGGGGUGAACCUGUUUAAUAGAGUAGCUUAAAGAGAGUUGUCACUGAGCUUUACGUACCUUAAUUGGCCCCAAAUAUCCAUUGUCCACUUUUUAGCCAGAUGCUAUUUUCCAUUGAGCUCAUUCCCUUUGAUGCCUUUCUGUGACGUUUGUGCUUUUCUUUUGUAUCCUAGAGCCAGUAUAUUCCAAGUGCUGACUCUGAAAUGUGACGGUAGAAUGCAUCUCCAUAUUGCACAGCAAUAGUAGAGACAGGAACUGUCAAUUACUUUUUCGAAAAUGGUGUAUUAUGACAAGUGGAAUAUUUGUCUAUAAAAUAUAUAUAGAUUCAAAUAUAUUUCAUGAAUUUUUCACCUGGCCAUUAGCUUUGCAGGCAAUAGCCAGUGGUCAGUGGAUCUGGGUGAAAGCAUUUGCUCCCUGAUUAUAAAUUUGAUAACUUCAACGAGGGACAACAUAGAAGUGGAAAACUGUCUUGAUAGAUAGUGGUUUCUUUAAUAGUCUCCAAAUGAGUGAUUGUGCCUUUGGUGUCUAUUGUUUACAGGCAGGUAACAUGUUCCAGCCCUCUCUGGCUGAGGGUCAGAAGUGGUGAAGAGGAGGCCACUAAUCCAGAUGGGACAUUCUCAUUUAGCACAUGGGGAGAUGUUCUGUCAAUAAGGUCAAUUUUAAGUGUGCCAGCUCAGGUAAAGAGGCUUUUAGGAAGGAUACUUGGGCAGCCCAUUGAAUCAAAACAAGAAUUCAUUGCCUUUGACUCCUGUACUCCACCAAUAACAUGACUCAGUCAUACUAACUUAGACUCUAAUUUUAAUAAAUUAUUUAUUGAAAAAAAAGUGUAUUUCAACCCGUGGGUGGAUUCUUUUUGUCCUCCCCUGAUUCAAGCAGUUGUUACUGGAGGGAUGGGGUAAGAAUCACUAUUCUAAAAGAGCCACCAGGACUAUGCCCAUAGACAGUCACUUAAAAAAAAAGUAUGAAUGUAGAGGCAAAAUUUGUCAUCACUGUUACGUAAUCCCUGCCCUCAAGAUGUUUGCAAUUCUCGGAAGCAGGUAUGCAAACAAAGAAUUGCAGUAUGUUGUCAUGGAUACUAGGGUAUAUGUACACUCCUGUUUUCCGCAUCUGAAAAUCUUCUUCUUUACAGUGGAUUUACAAAAAAACUGUUCUUUAUGGCUUGACCUAUAACAACUCAUUGAUGAAGUUACUGUACACACUAUUAUGUUAGAAUUUUGUGUCUGUGUGUGUGAUCUGAGUCUUUAAUAACUUGAUAGAAAAGGGGGGGAUGCAGUUUAAAAGCCUUUAUCAAGAAAACAUUAAAAUGGGUGACUUCUAUUUGGAUUCUAAAUUUACCACUUAAGUGGUGUCCCUAAUUCAUGAUGCGACUUUACGUAAAUUAUCUAACGUCCCUGAGCCUAUUACCUCAUUUAAAAAAUCAGAUGUUGAGUUUAGAUAGUAGUCACAUUCUUUAGCUUAAAAACUUAUAGUUUUCAUCACCGGAUUGAGAUAGGAGAAGCUAGUAUAAUACUGCAAACCAACUCCACCCUCCCCACGCACACAUAGUCAAUAAGUUAUUUAUAAGAUACAUUUUCAUCUGCGUAGGCUGAAAAAUGACCUCUCCACAAAAAAUCCAUUUCAAGUCCAUAGAACCUGUGAAUACUACCUUAUUUGGAAGAAGGAUAGUUAUGUUGAAUCAUCGUGGAUAUCUGGUUGGGCACUAAAUCCAAAGACAAGUGUCCCUGUAAGAGACAUAUGGAGAAUACAAUGUGAUGACAGAGGGAGAAAGUGGAGUAAUGUGGCCACAAGCCAAGGAAGCCAAGCAACACCAACAACCACUGGAAGUAGAAAGGAUUCCCUCCUAAAGCCCCAGAGAAAGCUUGGCCCUGCCCCUGCAGGCACCUGGAUUUCAGACCUCUGGCCUCCAGAACUGUGAAAGAAUACAUUUUUGAUGUUUCAGGACACAAAAUGUGUGGUUGUUUGUUACAGCAGCCACAGGAAACUAAUAUACCAUCUCUCUGGCCUUUGCUCAGAUAAUUUCCUCUGUCCUUUCUCCAUGAGUACAGAUGAGAAUCCUACCUAUCACCAGAGCACCUGUUUCAGUAUCACCUCCUUGGUUAAAGACCUGUGACUCUCCCCAGCCCAGCAAAAAGGAUUAAUCUCACCUUCCCCUUUCUCCCUAUGGCAUUUAUUUAUGUAUCUGUUAAAACACUUCUAAUGUUCCAUAAUUUACCUAUAUACCUUGCCUCAGGGCCUAAACUAAUCACUGAAAUAGAAUCAGCAUUAUGUCAGUAUUUCUUGUGCAACUAUGGGAGUGUGAUGCAUUAAUGCUGAAAUAGGGUCACUCUUUGGGGAACUGCAUAUGGUGCCAGUGUCUAACUAACUUGCCGAAUAUUUGUGUACUUACAUGGAAGUGACUUUAUAGAUUCAAUGUCUUAAAACUAGGUGAGUGGGUAGCUUGAUGGAAUCAGAGUGACAGGAAAAAGAGGAGGUUCAAAAGGAACUUUAUAUACUAAAGUUACAUUAAUAGCUCAUUAAUUAACUACACAUCUCUUAAAACACAAUAGCCACAUUAUUUUUGUUUACAUUACCUGGUUUAUGAAAAGGGAAGGCUGAGGAGAUAUGAGGCAUUAAGGCACACAUCUUCUGUAGCAGAAUGUGAGCCAUCAGAAUGAAUGGGGCAUAUUUCUUCCUACUCUUCAGUUAGUUCAGAGGCAAUUGUCUGACAUACUGGUUAUGUGGGAUUUUAUAUGGGCUGAUCUCAACUACAAGAAUCCAUGUUUUCUAAUGUUAUGGAGAAAAUGCAGACAGCUCUCCUUUUACAGAUAAGGAAAUUAAAGCUGCAAACAACCACAUACUUUCAAGUCACUUUGCCUCUCUGAAACUGGAUUUCCUCAUCAGUCUAAAGAAGAGUUAACGCACCUACUUGGAGAAGCUGCCAAUCUUACAUUAUCUUUUGAAAAAUGCCUCCCAUUGCCAUGCCACACUUAUACUAGAAGACUCCAUUUCCCUGGUCAUCUCCGAGUAAAACGGGAGUGAGGCAUUAUUUGGCCACUUAAAUGUUAAUUGUUAUCAUGUAGAAAUUCCUCAUUGUAUAAUUAUGUUUUAGCAGAGUUUCUCAUGCCUAAAACCAUACCCAUGUUUCACAGUGUGUCAUUCUUUACAUACUUGAGCUUAAGUAUCUCCUUUAAAAAUCUCUUUUUAAAAUGGUACCUAAUUAUCUAUUUCCAAGGAAGAAAAUAAUGUUUAUAGCUUCAGCUUCAGUAAUUGUAUUUCAAGAAAAAAAAAGAUCAAAGUACUUGGAGAAGAAGAAAGCUUCUUUCCUUAAAAAAAAAAAACCCACUUGAAACAAACAUUAAAAAUAUAUUUAAUUCCCCAAGGAAACUUCUGAGAAAAACAUAAGCAAAUGAAGAAGUGUGUUUAGAAGAGAAACUGUGUUUCAAUCUAGUGCUCUAGUUUCUCUGUGAAUGCUGUAACAUGCAUUUUCAAAAGGAUAACAGCCAUAAAACAAGAGCAGGUACAAGGGCCAGGGGUGGCCACAUGGAUUGGCUGACUUUAUUCACACAGAGACAACAUUGUGAAAGAUGCACCUGAAGUGCUGAGCCCAGGUGGAUGCCAUCCAGAGCUGGACUUAGAGAUCCCGAGGAAAAUAUUCAUUAGUCCCAGCCCUGAAACACGGGAAUAGGAACUCUGAAAUAAUAAAAUAGUACAGCCUUUUUCGAAACAUGCCAUCAUAGAGGAACAAAAAGCUGGGUCAUUUCCUAAGUGAUUUAAUUGUUUAGCAAAAUGUAGUGAAUUUUCUGUGCAAAUACCUGUUCCAGGUUCUGUAGAAGGUAGAAAGAUGAGUUAUAAUGGAUUGUACAAGGGUGAGGGAGGAAGAAAGAGGAAAGGAAAAUGGAGAGGGAUAGGGGUCUGACGUAUGACAGACAUGCCCUACGUCAAGGGGUAUCACUGUGAUAGAUUCUACGUCUUGGUACUUGUUCAACAAUUUGAAGUCAAAGAAUGCACAGAGGUGAGGAAGGCUAAUAUUCUCCGAGUGCAGGCUCUCUUCUAGACACUUUAAAUCUGUUAUCUUGUUUAACCCUCAAAACAACCUCAUGGGAUAUAUUUUAUCUCCAUGUUUAAAAUGGGACACUGAGACAGAAAAUAAUUAAAUAACUUAACCAAGAUUCCGCCAUUGGUUAGUCAUAGAGCCAGGAUUCCAUAUUCUCUGUAUGUCUAUCAUGCAAAUUCUCAAAGAAAGAUUUAGUAUCAAAUUUUAUUGUUGCUGUCCUUGUUUUCAAUCAAGAUCAAUGGUUAAUGUGUCCAAGGUAAAUCUAGUUUCACUAUUAUUGUGCUGUGUGCCUCUGACCAUGCCUCUGCCAGGGGCAACCUAGUAGUUCAAAUCUGUAGAUGUUAUUCUCUUCUAAAUAGUGUCUGUAAGUGUCUGCAUUUCACCCAUUUCUUUAACAAAUAUUUACUGAGCUGUUUAGUGUGCUAGGCCAAUAUUCAGGUGCCUUACACAUACACAUCUGUGAAUACAACUAACACAAAUUCCUGUUUGCAAGGAGCUCACAUUGUAGUCGGAGAGAGAUGGGAAAUAAGUAAAAAACACAAUAAGAAAGCAAAGUAUAUAGCAUGUUAAAAAUUUAUAAAUUCCAUGGAAAAAAUAACCAAAGACAUCAGAGCAGUUGGGAGGGACCUGGAAGGCCAAGAGAGAGGAUAGGAAGCAUGGGGCUUCAGUGGCUAGCGCAGGUUUCAUGGAGAAUAAAAAUCUGAGCAAACCCUGAAGCAAGCGAGGGAUUUGAUGAAGCUCAAGUCAGAGUUAAAGUGGUUAUUAGAACAAACACACUAAGGUAACACUGUCUGGGUUUUUAGAAUGUUAAGGAAGCCAGUAUGGCUGGCACAGAGAAAAUAAAGGGGAGAACAGGAAAAGAUACAUUGGAUGUGGGAGGAACAGAUCAUAAAGACCUACCAGCUCAUUGCCUGGAGACUUUUAUUGUGAGUUCAAAUGGGGAGAUGAUGCAAGAUUUUGAGAAAAGAUAUGGUAUGACUUAGGUUUUGAAAAGACUAUUGUGUCCACAAAAUACACAGGAGGCUAGUGAGAUAAGGUUGAAGUGUGACUACCUGUUAGUUGACUAUUGCAAUAAAAGGUGAGAGAUGUUAGUGGCUCAGACCAGGGUGAGAACGGUGAAGGAGUGAAAACUGGUUAAAUUCUACAUAUUUUAUAGAAGUAGAGUCCAUAGGAUUUUGAGGUGGAUUCUACACCUACAAAGAUGGGAGAAAAAGUGAGGAUGUAAGAAUGACUAAGUUUUUUGGCUGCAACAACAAAAAUAAUGAAAUCGUUAUGAAAUAAAAGGGAAAGGUUGCAAAACAUAACUGAGAGGAGCAACAUUUUUUGACGAAUUGAGUUGGAGGUAUUUAUUUGACAUUUUUAGACGUUGUCUGUUGUUGCAUUACAAAUUAUCACAAACUUCACAGCUAAAAAUAACAUCCAAUCAUUAGCUUUCUAGGUCAAAAGUCCAGGUGGGUUUGAGUGGAUUCUUAGCUUAGGAUUACACAAUACCAAAAUCAAGGCCUCAUCCAAACUGUGUUCUUAUUCAUGGGCUCUGGGAAAGAAUUCAUUUGCAGGUUGAUUCAGGUUCUUGGCAAAAUUGAGUUCUGUGUGUUGAUAAGAAAUCUACUUCAACUUCAAUGGCAAGCUGUGGCUGCUCCCUGAAUAGUUCUUUUUUUUUGAAUCCUAAAUGGUGCCCACUAUUCUCACCAACAUUAAAUAGGUCUGUGUCAAAAAAAAUUACAUUCUUUUUUUUAUUCCAAGAAAAUGUUUAUCAGAUAUAGUGCUAAAAUUCAGCCUCCGCAGAAGCAGAAACCAGGCUGUUCAGUGAGAGAUAUAUUGAGCAUGUCUUCUGGAUGGAAUAGUAAGUAGUUAGGAAGAAAGCACUAGGACUUAUAUCACUCAUCGUCUGGUGAAUUAAUUAACCUGAGGCUUGACUAAUGGGAAGCUGUUUUGCCGUUAAGGGUGAUUAAUUAACAAAUUCUUCUACUUAGAAAUUAGUGCUUAUAUAUGCACAUAUGCAUAUAUAUAUAUAUAAAUAUAUCAAUGUGUGUGUAUAAAUUGUACUAUUAAGCAUAAUUAUUUAAAAUAUUAUUUUCAGACUAUUUUAAAAUAGUUUAAAUGAUUUAAAUUAAAAGCAAAGAAAUUCCCUCUUCCUGGAAGUUUCAGAGGCUAAUGAAUAGCCCCCAUGGUCAUGUGAAAUUGACAUUCAGCAGAAAAGGAAAUGAAGCCAGGUGAGUCUUUUCUUGUCCAAAUCAUUAGGUUUAAUGCUACAGGACACAGGACAAAUGAACUAUAUAAGUAAUUGUGAGUCAUGCUUUUGUCACAUGACAUACUCUUUAUCUAAGCAAUGGGAAUGAGAUGGGUGGCGAUAAGAGGGAGAGGGUACUGUGAACGGCUGCCAGAUGAUUUCUGUUAUGUUUAGUUCAGCUUGAAUUAGGAAGAAAGAAGAAAGUAAGAAAGUCUUGUGUUUUAGGAUGAAUAAAUAUUGUUGUAUCAGAUGUUAAGAUUGACCUUAACAAAAGCAAGAGCAUCCAGAAAUCUAAAUGAAGGACAUUACUCAGGUGAUAAUGAACCUAAAACUUGUGUUCAAGAAAUUCAGAUUAUUUAGCCUGAAGGUGAUUUUAGGGAUGACACUAAAGGGGUAAAAGCAGCUAUUUCCUAGUUUUUAAAGAAUCAUUUCGAUGAAGAAAGAAAAUAUUUGUUUAGCAUCAUUUUAAAAGACAGGAUUAGAAUAAAUGGUUGAAAAUUAAUAUUAUCUAAAGCAUUUGAGAUGAAGAAUAGGCUUUCAAAAAAAACUGAGAAUUAUAUAACUUGAAGUAUUUAAACAAAACCUAGGAUACACAUUGGUGAAGAAUGUUUGUUCUUUGUGUUUUUUAUACUAAGUGAUCUUUUAGCCUGAUCUGGCUCUGAGAUUCUAAUAACUUAUGAAAUAAGAUCAUUUUAAGGUCAUGUACUUGAUCUCAUUACACCUGACACUUCAAGUCCCUAAUGUAGUAAGUGUUGUGGUGUUAUGAGGUGAAAGUUACUAAAGUUGCUUUUAAAGACCUGUUAUCCAUCUAUCUGUCACGAUAUUCUAUGUCAGAGACUGCUAGUUUCCCCCCAAAAUGUAUUCUCGUUUUCUCUCAAAUGAACACAAACCCAGAAUUUUAGCUGGUCAUUGCUUCUGUUGUAGCUAGCUUUGACCAUGUAACAAAAAUAUAGCCGAAGGGUUGUAAGUGGGAGUAGUAAGUGACAAUUUUUCUAAACCCUUCUGAGAGAUAGCAGCUUGCACCUCUGUCACUUUCUUUAUCUUGUCCUCCAUCCUGUUGACAUGAUGAUGUCUGUGGAUGCAGAGAACCUCUUAGAUGCUUUUCUUGUAAAUGGAGGCCAUCCCUGAUGAAGAAACAAAAUAGAAAGAGCCCAUAUCUCUUGAAACUUAAUGGAGCAAAGCUUGACUGCUUGUAUCCAGACUUUUUCAUGAGAGAAAAAUAAAUUAUUAUUUAUAUUGUAGUGUCCACUUUUUGUCUGUGAUACUCACGCCUUAACUAUAUACUGAUAUAUGGCUAUAUGAUAAGCCUACAGCUAUUUGUACAGCAAUUCCUAAUUGAUAAUAGGAAUUAGUCAUAGAAGAUGGUUAAAGACAUUGCAAAAAUACGCAAUUUUACAUUUAUUAAAUACUACUUAAAUUUGUUCAAAAUUUACACUAUUUUCCAGCUUAUCAAUGAUCUGAGAACUCUUAUUUCUUUGUUUAUUUCUAAAUAGUAAAGUUAACUGUGCAACAGUUGCAUCUGCUGUCUUCAACAUUCAUAAUAUAGGACACCAUUCCUUGGGAUACCUAUCAUUUAACUAGAAACAGAACCAAUAUUAUAGUACCCUAGAGGUCUCAAGAGCACUCAGGGGAGAACCGCUAGCUGAUUCAACUAUAUAUUAAUACAGUCAUGCACUGCACAAUGACGUUUUGGUCAGUGAUAGAUCCCAUAUAUGACAGUGGUCCCAUAAAAUCUUAAUACCAUAUUUUUCCUCUACUCUUUAUAUUUACAUGCAGAAAUACUUUCCAUUGUAUUACAAUUGCCUAGAGUAUCUAGUCCACUAACUGGUGUACAGAUUUGUAACCUAGGAGCAAUAGGCUGUGUCAUAUAACCUAGGUGUGUAGCAAACUAUACCAUCUAGGUUUGUAUGAGUUUCUAUGAUAUUCACACAAUGAUGGGAUCACCCGGUGAUGCAUGUCUCAGAAAGUAUCUAAGCAAUGCAUGACUGUAUAUAUUCUGCAAACAUCAUCAUGGGACUCUGUAACACUAUAAUUUAGUGACUGUGCUAUUUAGACUAUGUAGAUUUUAUGUAUUUAUAGACAGGAAUAUCCCAUGUUUGGAUAAAUUUAUUAUAAAAAAUUUUAAAAAUAAACAUCCUGUUGGUAUCUCUUAUAGAUAAGAAAUAUUUUAUGUAAUUGAUGUAGCAUAGCCAAUAAACCAUGUCAACCUUUCUAGCACUGUCCUUUAAAUGAACUUUACAUAAGCCCAAGAAAAUAUCUCAGAUGAAAAAAAGAAUAUUUUACAGGUUCAAGCAUGUUUGAUGAGAUUUCAAGGCUUAUUCUCUAUCAAAUCACUAGGGCGCCUCCCCAGGACCCACAUUCUGCCUUCUUUACAGUGAAGUCAUGUAAUCACUUGCAACUUAGGUUAACUAUGUGUUAACAAAUGUCAGAAACUAAUUUUUCAUAUGAAUUCUAAAAAUAUAUUCAUUUUAAAAGGUUUAAACUUUAAUUGUGUGUGUGUGUGUGUGUAUAUAUAUAAAUAAUGAACUAGGUGCUAUAUAGCAAACCCAGAACGCUUAAACUUUUCCUUCCAAAAUAGUUAACACUGGAGUAGCAGUGCAGUGCAUUUCAGAGGUACACAGAACAGAUUCUUUUUUCAAAAUGCACUCACCCAGGUCCUACACACAACUUGUUGAAUCAAAACCACAGAGUGGUGUACUAACAAAUUUGCCCAGAUUAUUCCAAUGAAACCACCAAUAUUUUGAACUACUCUUCAAAAAAAAGCUUAGAGGGAGCAAAAUAUUAAACUGCCUGUCUCAGUUAAAUGUUUAAAAGCAUAUUAUGAAGUAAAACACAAUCAACUAGGACCCUCCAAUAAGAUAUAUAAGCCUCUGCUUAAUUUUUUAAUGGAAAGGAAACAUUAGCAAAAUGCAGUGUAAUAUUAGGAGCUCAUUUGAAGGUUCAACUAAUGCAGCUUACCCUGAUCUCUUUGCAGAUUCAGCCUUACCUUUUUGUCUCCUAUAACUGCAAGCUAAUAGGAUGAGAACUGAUGUGCAACCCGGUGAUACUUAGGUGCUGCAGAGUCUUAAAUUAUCAGAUGAAUUCAGAGAUGUUCACUCUGUAGAAAUCACUGGCAAAGGAAAAAGGAAUAAAAAUAUUUAAACUAUUUCUCGAUAACAGUGAAAAUAAGUGAUUUUUUUGUAUUUAGGUAGAUAUUUCAAUUAACCAGAGUUAAUUCUUCAGCCACAUUGUAAUUGAAGUAUUUAUACAUUAUGCAUUUGACCUGGUACUUAUGUAACUGUACAUAUAUUUGACCUUGGAAACAAAACUGGUAUAUAUUAUAUGUUACCAUACAUUGUGCAAAAAACAAGCAAUGUUUCUCUUGUUGUGGAAUGAUUUGCCUUUGCAGCAGGCUGAGCUAGAAAGGAUGUAUACGAUACCUUGUUUCUGUUUAUGGAAAACAUGGUUAAAAACAAAGAAUUAAAGUGUAUUUUUAAUAUGGCAUUAAAACAUUCAGAUCUGUAUUUUGGCUUGCAUAGUCAAAAUAGAACGUUAAAGAAUUAGGGAGAAAUAACGACGUAAUUAAUGAAACUACAUAUGUAUCUAUAUAUGUAAUAGUGAAUUGAUCUGUGGUCUUUCAAGAGUUAUGAAGCUAAUGCUAAUGCUAAUUUACUACUGUCUCUUUGAUUAAAUCCCAGCUAAAAUUUUAUUCUGAUGGCUUGUUGAUGGAGUAUAUAAUACAACAUAUUAACAAUAGUGCAGCCUGUAGUUAGUAGAGAAUAAUCUUUGCCAAGUUAAUGAGAAGGAAAGUAGUUAGAGAGUCACACAGCUAAGUUUGCCCUGAUGAUUUUCUCGUUUUAUUUUGUUGUUUUCUUUUCUUUCUCUUUCUUUCUUUCUUUUCUUUUCUUUCUUUCUCUUUUUCUUUCUUUCUUUUUCUUUCUUUUUUUUUUGUCUGUGUGUGUAAUGAAGAAACAGUGAGAAUUUUCUUGACUAGAAAGAUUUUUCUUGAUGUAUAUAUGCACCACUGGGCCCUUUCCAGCACUCAAGCGGGGUAAAUCCACCAUUUCUUUGGUCUGAUGUAAAGUGUUCAGGGAGAUGAGUUACUCUCUGUGGGUGAAUUAUCAUAGCAGAAAUAGGAGACUUCCUUGGAAGCAUAAGAAUAUAAAUAGGAUAUUUUACAUUGCUGUUGUUGCAGAGUAUGUUGGUAAUAAGUGUUCUGUGGUCAUCUUGUGAGCUUCAGUCAAGAAAAGCAUUUUAGAUCAUGCCUUUAAUUGAAGCAUUUUGGAAGGCUGAGGACAGAGGAUCACCUGAAUCCAGGAGUUUAAUAUCAGCUUAGGCAACAUAGCCAGAUUCCUGUCUCUACAAAAAGCUAGAAAAAUCAGCCAGGUGCAGUUGUGAGUUCCUGUAGUCCCAGCUACUCUGGAGGCUGAGGCAGGAAGAUUGCUUGAGCCCAACAGUUCGGGGCUACAGUGAGUCAUGAUCUCACCACUGCACUUCAGCCUGGGUGACAGAGCAAGAUCUGUUAAAAAAAAAAAAAAAAAGAACAGCAUUUGUUCUGACUAUACUUACAUAAAAUGAUGGCUACAAGAAUCAUCAGCAGGGUGUGGUGAUUCAUGCCUGUAAUCCCAGCACAUUGGGUGGCCGAGGCAGGCGGAUCACGAGGUCAGGAGUUCAAGACCAGCCUAGCCACCAUGGUAAAACCCCGUCUCUGCUAAAAAUACAAAAAUUAGCUGGGUGUGGUGGUGGGUGCUUGUAAUCCCAGCUACUCAGGAGGCAGAGGCAGGAGAAUUGCUUGAACCCAGGAGGCGGAGGUUGCAGUGAGCUGAGACUGCACCACUGCACUCUAGCCUGGGUAACAGAGUGGGACUCCAUAUCAAAAAAAAAAAAAAAUUGUCCACUUGUAUUAGUUGGUCUGAAAUGCAUAGGGUAGGUUGUGCUCUGGGGGUGACAGAGCAAGACUCCGUCUCAAAAAAAAAAAAAAAAAAUCAUCACCUUGUGAUCAGACAAGCUGAGGAUUGCUCAGAGUUUCUCAGCUUCAACACUAUGGAGAUUUUCUUCCGAUAAUUCUUUGUUGGGAGGGAAGGCCUGUCCUGUGCAUCGCAGGGUGUGUAGCAGAAUCCCUGGCCUCUACCCACAAGACAUGUGAGUUGCACUCUUUCAACCUUGCUGUGACAGCCACAAAAUGUCUUCAGACAUUGUCAAAGGUCUUUUUGAGGUUAAAAUUGAUCCUGAUUGAGAGCCUGCUAGGUACCUAGUGACCAAACUCACAGAAUUUUCAGAAAAUGGAUUGGUUCAGUCUUCAGCCUCAUCUAAUGAAGUGAGUAUAAUCAGUGAGAUUAAAAACAACAACAUAUUGAUAUAAAAUAUAAAAUUUGAUGUAUUUUUUUUCAAAAGCUUGGUGACAAUUUUUGUUUGUAAACUCAUUAGGGAAGGUUUUAUCUCAUACACAUUCAAUCAUUAAAAGUCUAGUAACAUAACUCACAUUAUGCCAUUACUACCUAGUAUCAGAGAUUAGUAAAAAUUAUAUGCUUAUUAAGAAAAUAAAUAAAAGGCAAGAUGGUAUUUAUUGUGCAUAAAUAGUAAAAUUCAGGGGGUAUAAUUAGAGUAAAUCAUGGUAUUGGAUAAAAAUGAAUAUAUAUAAUUAUGGAGAUUCCUAAAUCUUGCUUAAUGGUGUCAAAGUUGAAGCAAAUGCUAGCAGGACAGACAAAAUCAAACUUCAAAUGACAUAUUUAAAGAAGAGAGCUUAAACGCUGGAAUAAUUUCCCAUUAUUCUUUGUAUUUAAUUUGUAACUAAAUUCUUAAGGAUAUAAGCAUUUUGAUAACAGGGACUUUGUCUGAUUAUUCUUAAAAUACCUAGCAUUUUUCCUGGCUUAAUGUAUAGGUUUUAAAUGUUUGUUCAAUGAAGGAAUGUAGAUAAGAAGCCUUAAAGUUUAUUUCAAAUUAGUCUCUUUCUAUUUCUUCCCACUGUUUUCAGUUCAGUUUCCAAAGUUUUCUUGCUGGGACUAUUGUAUAUUUAAGCGGUUUUUCCUGCUUCUAAUUUCACUCCCCAUCAUAAUGCAGCCCAUUUUUUUUAAACUCAUUUUGGAUCAUGUAAUUUCCCUAAUUUAAACCCUUUGUUGACCCCCUACCAUUGAAGAUAAAGCCUAAGGCUUUGGUAGUUAAUGCACUCGAACAUUUUAAUCUAGCCCCUGCCUACCGCUGCUACUCAUCUAUAGGUUCCACACCCAGCCACACUGCCUUCCUGGCAGUUCCUGGAAGGGGACAGGCUUUCUUUCCUGCCUGUAACCAUGCUCAUGCUAUUUCCUCAGCCUGGAUUAUCCUCUGCCUCUUGCCUGACUUGACCUAGUCUUAAAAUAUAUUCUCAUUAUUUGAUACUUAGUGAAAAAGCCACCUUCUCUGCCCUGAAUGUCCUAGCUGAACCAGCUCUUUCUCUUCUCUCUCACUGAACUUCACUUUAAUAUAUACCUCCUUUAUAGUACUCCUUCUCUGCAGUCUUCCUAACAAUUCUUUAUGGCCUGCAUUAAAGCAUUUAUUAUGUGUAUUGUAACUGUCUGUAAGUCAGGUCUUGCUGGGGCCUUCUUUUUCUUCAUGUUUUCCUUUGAGCACGAGUAGGUGGUGAGGAAUUUUAUUCUGAUUGCCUCUCUCGGUGGACCUUCCCAUUUAUAGACCUCCGUGCUGCUGCCAGUAAACUAAAGAAGAUUCCAAGCCACAACUACCCCAAAACCCCUCUAAUUCUCUUACCUUUCAAGCUUUGCUUAAGCCCUUUCCAGUUUCCCAAGAUCCAUGCGCCCGACUCAGUAAAAGAGAAGAAUAACAAAAACUGGGGCUGUGCAGGAUUCAAAUUCUAGCUCUGCUGGGUAAUCACGAUGUGACAUUAGCUAAGUAGCAGUAUGUAGAGUAUGAAUAAUAAAUGACUCAUCUCACAAGUUCAUGAAAAUAAAACCUCUAAAGCACUUAAAACCUCACAUAUAUUGAGCAUGUUAUCACUAUUUGCUAUUCUUUUACAUUAAGAUGUUACUUAUGAGCAAGGUAGCUCAGAAGGAUUGAGAGUGCAGAGACAACUGUUUCGUAGAGGGCCUAGCAUAGGGAUGAGCAAAGGCUUGGAACUGAGGGGUUUGAAUUCAGAACAGCACUAUGACCUUGGAUAGGUGACUUAAACUCUCUGUGCCUCAGUUUAUACUGUACUAAAUGCAGGAAAGAAUUAUCCCUACUUUGGCUGGGCAUGGUGGCUCACGCCUGUAAUCCCAGCACUUUCGGAGGCCAAGGUGUGUGGAUCACAAGGUCAGGAGUUUGAAACCAGCCUGGCCAAUAUGGUGAAACCUCGUCACUACUAAAAAUACAGACAUUAGCUGGGCGUGGUGGUGGGCGCCUGUAGUCCCAGCUACUCGAGAGGCUGAGGCAGAAGAAUCGCUUGACCCCAGGAAGCGGAGGUUGCAAUAAGGCGAGAUUGCACCACUGCCCUCCAGCCUGGGUGACAGAGUGAGACUCUGUCUCAAAAAAAAAAAAAAAGAAAGAAAAGAAAAAAGAAUUAUUCCUACUUCAUUGUGUUUUAGUAAGGAUUAAAUGAGUUGAUGAAUUCAAAGUGCUUUGAACUUGUAAUAAGUUAGCUAAUUUGUUACUAAUAUUAACGUAGAUGGGAAGGCAUUUCUAAACUCAUACUUUCACAGAUACAUGUCUCAUUGGACUGCCUCUCCUCUUAGUCUUUCACUUUUCCUUCAGAUUGUACUCUUGUUUAUUCCAUUUGCUACCCUCACUAUUUCCAUAUGAGGAGGCUUUCUCUUCUCUCUUCUGGUAUGCAGAAAGCCCCAGCAGAACUUCAAACUUCUGCCAGAUGAAUUCUGGAAGAGAGUGACUUCCCUUGUUGAGCAACAGUGAUUUUGUUCUUCCAAUUCCAUUUCAAUUUCCCCAUCAGAGAGAGCUGUGACCUGGUGUCUACUAGGGAUUACUGAAAAGGAAAGAAACCUUGGAAAUCUAAACAUGAAAUAAUUUUGGAGUGAAUCUAACCAGCUUUACCCCAUUUCAGGAAAGAAUGAUUUUCUUAGUAACCUUGUUCCGGCCAGACCUUUCAGAAAAAUUCAACAAUUCUAUCCACACACUUUUAUUAUAUUUAAACCUAUUUGACAUUUUUUCUGUUCUACCAAAGGCCCAAGACAUUUUUUUUUAAUUGCUAAUCAUGAAAUCUGUGCUUUUUCUUUGAAGAGGGAUGGAGCCAGCGGAAAGUAAAUGGGUUUAGUUGUAGAGUCCUCCUCAAAAGGUGGUGGUGAGGGAGUUGGUCAAUUUAUUCUACCAAUUUCUGUUUACCUGCAUUUAAAGAGAGAGGAAAUUGUCAGGUAAACAGGAUAGGACUGGAAAAAGAAAAUCAAAUUCUGAGUUAAAUAUAAGCUUCCCAUUUUUAAGUAUGCAAAAACAUGGAAUUUUAAAUUCACUAUUUAUAAAAUGGGCAUAAGUUUUUCCUUCCUCACACAGAAGUUUUCAAAUUAAAAGUUGAAUACAGGGUGAUUAUUGUUUCUAAACUAAGGCACAAUGUGAGAGUUUAUUUUGUAUAUUCCAUUAAUUUUUUUUGACAAACAUAGUUUCCUUUUUAUAAAAACAAAUUGUAAUAACUGUAUUUUCAAAUUUAAUAUGUGGCUUAUCUUAACAAGAUAACUUGCUCUUCCAAAGGUACCUCUUCCAAGAAUAUGAUUUGAAAGCAGUAAUUUGUUCCCUUUUGAAAGUGAUAAUAUCAUAAAACUGGUGGUUAUCAUAAUAUAGAAAUUGAUUACUUUAAAAUACAUAAGUGCAUAAUUCAUGUAUUGUGUCUCACUGAUUAAGGAAAUUAGUGACCAUACAUAUAAUACUAACAUGUAGACAGAUUUAAAAUAGUAGCCAGAAUGUUUUGAUCGUGCCAAUUCACUUCAGGUGGCAAAGAUUCUAUUAUUUUUAUUAAUUAUUAUUGUUACUAUUAUUGAGACAGUGUCUUGCUCUAUCGCCCAGGCUGGAGUAUAGUGGCACCAUCAUGACUUACUGCAGCCUCAACCUCCCAGACUUAAGUGAUCCUCUUGCCUCAGCCUCCUGAGUAGCUGGAACUACAGGCAUGUACCACCAUGCAUGGCUAAUUUUUUUUUUUGUAGAGGUGGGGGUCUCACCAUGUUGCCCAGUCUGGUAUGAAACUCCUGGGUUCAAGUUAUACUCCUGCCUUGGCCUCCCAAAGUGCUGGGAUUACAGAUGUGAGCCACCACGUCAGACAAUCCCAAAUUAGUUCAUUUUAUAUGUAUGCCUUCACCCACGUCAUCUUCAUCCAGGGGCACUGUCAUGUGUUAAUUAUAACCACACCUUGUGACCAGCAAUGUCUGCAUAAACAUAGUCGCAAAAGACAGAAAGGCUUGAGGAGCUUGUUGUAUUUCCAUGGUGAUGUACACAAACAAAUAAAAAUAUGCUUUCUUGAAUGUGUGAUUAACACAUUCCAGAAAGCCUUGGCCGUCUAUGUUGGUAUUUCCAAAAGUUUGCUUAUGACAUUCAUGGUGGGUUCAUUAGGGUGACACAGGAACGCCGAAAUAAACUGACUUCAUUGAACACAGAGGAGAGCUGCAACUACGUAUUGAGAACUUGCCCUUCCUGUUUUAUUGCUGGGGAGAAAAAUUAUAUACUUAUUGUUGUUCAUCUAAUAAAUAUUUCAGACCCAUUUAUGAAUCAUUAGUGCAGAUGCAAUCCCCUUUGAAUGUCACGAGGUGAAGUAAAGGAAAAAUAAGAUACAUUUUAAGUUCUGAGUCUUCCUCUGCUACAUUGCCUGAAUCCUCGUCUAUCCACACAAUAGAUUAACUACCCUCUGUGCAUACUAUAUUUUGCUCAGCCCUUAAUAUUCUGAAGCUGAACUGAAGCAGGCGUUAUCCGUGGCGGUUCCUGGGUGGUUUUCAAGCCCAGCACUACCCACCCAAGUGGCGGUGACACCGGCUUUCACUGAAGCCUUAUUACUCUUAAAAGAGCAAUUUGGUUGGUUGCACGGCUAUUAGGAUCACACAGGCAGCCUGAAAGCUGUCAGUACAACUGCUUCUCAUCUUUUUCACAUAAUCCUGACAUCUUUUCCCUUUUCUGCUGGACACAGACAUUACUGUUUUUAUCAUUUUCAAUCAAGCUCACCCAGAACGCUGAGGAAUAUAUUCCCACUGAAAGCAAAGUGGAGAACAGAAAUUAUUUUAUAGCUUCUGGAGUAGAAGCAGGGCUGACUGCGUACUGAGGAGAAGGAGCCGGAUCCGUGAGAAAUGUAGCUUGGCUCAGGGCUACAUCAGGAAGCUGCUACUUCAGCUGUUAAAGAUGGCAAAACAACACCUACCUCAGGUUUUUCAAUGAUUAAUGCUAUUUUCAUAACCAGGAGGGAAGAGGAUGUGAGAAAUUUUGUGAAAUUAACUUGUGGAAAUGUUAUCAUCAGAGAAAGUGGAGAAAAUUACUAGGCUUGAACUUCUCUUCGUUUUGAUGCUCUUCCUCUCUGGACCAACUCUGAGCAAGCUGACCCGGACCCCCUGGAAAGGAAAACCUUGGAAGGGGGGAUCGCGUCUUCGCCAGGAGGACUUUCCCCCGCGGAUUGUGGAGCAUCCUUCCGAUGUCAUCGUCUCUAAGGGCGAGCCCACGACUCUGAACUGCAAGGCGGAGGGCCGGCCAACGCCCACCAUUGAGUGGUACAAAGAUGGGGAGCGAGUGGAGACUGACAAGGACGAUCCCCGGUCCCACAGGAUGCUUCUGCCCAGCGGAUCCUUAUUCUUCUUGCGCAUCGUGCACGGGCGCAGGAGUAAACCUGAUGAAGGAAGCUACGUUUGUGUUGCGAGGAACUAUCUUGGUGAAGCAGUGAGUCGAAAUGCGUCUCUGGAAGUGGCAUUGUUACGAGAUGACUUCCGACAAAACCCCACAGAUGUUGUAGUGGCAGCUGGAGAGCCUGCAAUCCUGGAGUGCCAGCCUCCCCGGGGACACCCAGAACCCACCAUCUACUGGAAAAAAGACAAAGUUCGAAUUGAUGACAAGGAAGAAAGAAUAAGUAUCCGUGGUGGAAAACUGAUGAUCUCCAAUACCAGGAAAAGUGAUGCAGGGAUGUACACUUGUGUUGGUACCAAUAUGGUGGGAGAAAGGGACAGUGACCCAGCAGAGCUGACUGUCUUCGAACGACCCACAUUUCUCAGGAGGCCAAUUAACCAGGUGGUACUGGAGGAAGAAGCUGUAGAAUUUCGUUGUCAAGUCCAAGGAGAUCCUCAACCAACUGUGAGGUGGAAAAAGGAUGAUGCAGACUUGCCAAGAGGAAGGUAUGACAUCAAAGACGAUUACACACUAAGAAUUAAAAAGACCAUGAGUACAGAUGAAGGCACCUAUAUGUGUAUUGCUGAGAAUCGGGUUGGAAAAAUGGAAGCCUCUGCUACACUCACCGUCCGAGCUCGCCCUGUUGCUCCCCCACAGUUUGUGGUUCGGCCAAGAGAUCAGAUUGUUGCUCAAGGUCGAACAGUGACAUUUCCCUGUGAAACUAAAGGAAACCCACAGCCAGCUGUUUUUUGGCAGAAAGAAGGCAGCCAGAACCUACUUUUCCCAAACCAACCCCAGCAGCCCAACAGUAGAUGCUCAGUGUCACCAACUGGAGACCUCACAAUCACCAACAUUCAACGUUCCGACGCGGGUUACUACAUCUGCCAGGCUUUAACUGUGGCAGGAAGCAUUUUAGCAAAAGCUCAACUGGAGGUUACUGAUGUUUUGACAGAUAGACCUCCACCUAUAAUUCUACAAGGCCCAGCCAACCAAACGCUGGCAGUGGAUGGUACAGCGUUACUGAAAUGUAAAGCCACUGGUGAUCCUCUUCCUGUAAUUAGCUGGUUAAAGGAGGGAUUUACUUUUCCGGGUAGAGAUCCAAGAGCAACAAUUCAAGAGCAAGGCACACUGCAGAUUAAGAAUUUACGGAUUUCUGAUACUGGCACUUAUACUUGUGUGGCUACAAGUUCAAGUGGAGAGACUUCCUGGAGUGCAGUGCUGGAUGUGACAGAGUCUGGAGCAACAAUCAGUAAAAACUAUGAUUUAAGUGACCUGCCAGGGCCACCAUCCAAACCGCAGGUCACUGAUGUUACUAAGAACAGUGUCACCUUGUCCUGGCAGCCAGGUACCCCUGGAACCCUUCCAGCAAGUGCAUAUAUCAUUGAGGCUUUCAGCCAAUCAGUGAGCAACAGCUGGCAGACCGUGGCAAACCAUGUAAAGACCACCCUCUAUACUGUAAGAGGACUGCGGCCCAAUACAAUCUACUUAUUCAUGGUCAGAGCGAUCAACCCCCAAGGUCUCAGUGACCCAAGUCCCAUGUCAGAUCCUGUGCGCACACAAGAUAUCAGCCCACCAGCACAAGGAGUGGACCACAGGCAAGUGCAGAAAGAGCUAGGAGAUGUCCUCGUCCGUCUUCAUAAUCCAGUUGUGCUGACUCCCACCACGGUUCAGGUCACAUGGACGGUUGAUCGCCAACCCCAGUUUAUCCAAGGCUACCGAGUGAUGUAUCGUCAGACUUCAGGUCUGCAGGCGACAUCUUCGUGGCAGAAUUUAGAUGCCAAAGUCCCGACUGAACGAAGUGCUGUCUUAGUCAACCUGAAAAAGGGGGUGACUUAUGAAAUUAAAGUACGGCCAUAUUUUAAUGAGUUCCAAGGAAUGGAUAGUGAAUCUAAAACGGUUCGUACUACUGAAGAAGCCCCAAGUGCCCCACCACAGUCUGUCACUGUACUGACAGUUGGAAGCUACAAUAGCACAAGUAUUAGUGUUUCCUGGGAUCCUCCUCCUCCAGAUCACCAGAAUGGAAUUAUCCAAGAAUACAAGAUCUGGUGUCUAGGAAAUGAAACACGAUUCCAUAUCAACAAAACUGUGGAUGCAGCCAUUCGGUCCGUAAUAAUUGGUGGAUUAUUCCCAGGUAUUCAAUACCGGGUAGAGGUUGCAGCUAGUACCAGUGCAGGGGUUGGAGUAAAGAGUGAGCCACAGCCAAUAAUAAUCGGGAGACGCAAUGAAGUUGUCAUUACUGAAAACAAUAACAGCAUAACUGAGCAAAUCACUGAUGUGGUGAAGCAACCAGCCUUUAUAGCUGGUAUUGGUGGUGCCUGCUGGGUAAUUCUGAUGGGUUUUAGCAUAUGGUUGUAUUGGCGAAGAAAGAAGAGGAAGGGACUCAGUAAUUAUGCUGUUACGUUUCAAAGAGGAGAUGGAGGACUAAUGAGCAAUGGAAGCCGUCCAGGUCUUCUCAAUGCUGGUGAUCCCAGCUAUCCAUGGCUUGCUGAUUCUUGGCCAGCCACGAGCUUGCCAGUAAAUAAUAGCAACAGUGGCCCAAAUGAGAUUGGAAAUUUUGGCCGUGGAGAUGUGCUGCCACCAGUUCCAGGCCAAGGGGAUAAAACAGCAACGAUGCUCUCAGAUGGAGCCAUUUAUAGUAGCAUUGACUUCACUACCAAAACCAGUUACAACAGUUCCAGCCAAAUAACACAGGCUACCCCAUAUGCCACGACACAGAUCUUGCAUUCCAACAGCAUACAUGAAUUGGCUGUCGAUCUGCCUGAUCCACAAUGGAAAAGCUCAAUUCAGCAAAAAACAGAUCUGAUGGGAUUUGGUUAUUCUCUACCUGAUCAGAACAAAGGUAACAAUGCCUUACUUUACAUUCCUGACUACCGAUUGGCUGAGGGAUUGUCUAAUAGAAUGCCACACAACCAGUCUCAGGAUUUCAGCACCACCAGCUCUCACAACAGCUCAGAAAGGAGUGGCAGUCUCUCAGGUGGGAAAGGUGGAAAAAAGAAGAAAAAUAAAAACUCUUCUAAACCACAGAAAAACAAUGGAUCCACUUGGGCCAAUGUCCCUCUACCUCCCCCCCCAGUCCAGCCCCUUCCUGGCACGGAGCUGGAACACUAUGCAGUGGAACAACAAGAAAAUGGCUAUGACAGUGAUAGCUGGUGCCCACCAUUGCCAGUACAAACUUACUUACACCAAGGUCUGGAAGAUGAACUGGAAGAAGAUGAUGAUAGGGUCCCAACACCUCCUGUUCGAGGCGUGGCUUCUUCUCCUGCUAUCUCCUUUGGACAGCAGUCCACUGCAACUCUUACUCCAUCCCCACGGGAAGAGAUGCAACCCAUGCUGCAGGCUCACCUGGAUGAGUUGACAAGAGCCUAUCAGUUUGAUAUAGCAAAACAAACAUGGCACAUUCAAAGCAAUAAUCAACCUCCACAGCCUCCAGUUCCACCGUUAGGUUAUGUGUCUGGAGCCUUGAUUUCUGAUUUGGAAACGGAUGUUGCAGAUGAUGAUGCCGACGACGAAGAGGAAGCUUUAGAAAUCCCCAGGCCCCUGAGAGCACUGGACCAGACUCCUGGAUCCAGCAUGGACAAUCUAGACAGCUCUGUGACAGGUUCAAUGGUAAAUGGAUGGGGCUCUGCAUCUGAUGAGGAUCGUAACUUUUCUAGUCAUAGAUCUAGUGUAGGUAGCUCCUCAGAUGGCUCUAUCUUUGCCAGCGGCAGUUUUGCACAAGCACUGGUGGCAGCAGCAGAUAAAGCUGGUUUUAGGCUGGAUGGAACCAGCCUUACAAGAACAGGAAAAGCCUUUACCUCCUCUCAAAGACCUCGACCUACCAGCCCAUUUUCUACUGACAGUAACACCAGUGCAGCCCUGAGUCAAAGUCAGAGGCCUCGGCCCACUAAAAAACACAAGGGAGGGCGGAUGGACCAACAACCAGCAUUGCCUCAUCGAAGGGAAGGAAUGACAGAUGAUCUUCCACCACCACCAGAUCCCCCGCCAGGUCAGGGUUUAAGGCAGCAAAUAGGCCCGAGCCAGCAGGCUGGUAACGUGGAAAACUCAGCAGAGAGAAAAGGAAGCUCUCUAGAGAGACAACAUGCAUCCAGCUUAGAAGACACAAAGAGCUCAUUGGAUUGUCCAGCUAGAACCUCCCUAGAGUGGCAGCGACAAACCCAGGAAUGGAUAAGCUCCACAGAACGACAAGAAGAUAUACGGAAAGCCCCACACAAACAAGGUGUCGGAUCAGAGGAGGCCUUGGUGCCCUAUAGCAAGCCCAGUUUCCCAUCUCCAGGUGGCCACAGCUCAUCAGGAACAGCUUCUUCUAAGGGAUCCACUGGACCUAGGAAAACCGAGGUGUUGAGAGCAGGCCACCAGCGCAAUGCCAGCGACCUUCUUGACAUAGGAUAUAUGGGCUCCAACAGUCAAGGACAGUUUACAGGUGAAUUAUAGUAAAUGAGAGGAGACAUACAAAGCUGCUCUGAAGGACCAUCAGGUCCGGACUCAUGGAAGUGAUGACUCUAAACAGUGCAAUGAACAAUUUAUUUAUGUACUAUUAAAAGAACUGUAAAUGCAAUGUAAAGACACACAGCCACACAUAUCCCACAGAUAUUUUCAUUGUGUUCUUCUCCUAAGUACACCACCCACCUUAACUCUUUCUUGUCAGGAGUAUAUAAAAAAGAAAGAAAACAAAACUCGCCCUACAGGAAGAAAAGGAUUCUCCUCUGUAUAUAAUUUCUUUUGUGCAUUGCUAUGCAAGCUCACUCUUUUUAGCUCUGCUCAUAUUAUUGUCUGUUCUUAUUGGUCUGUUGUACUAUAUGUGAAUUAAUAGGCUGUGGUGCCAUAUAUUAACUUUUAAUUGUGUAACUUUUAUGUUUAAAUUUUGCACUGCAAUUUUAUUUGGUGAUAAGCACAAAUCUCUACUCCUCAUGACAUGAAGAAAAAGACUGAAUGUGAAGGGAGUUUCUGUACUGUAAGCUAGAUUGGAUAAUGAUGGCUGUAACAAAUCAUGUUAGAUGGUUUUCAGUUGGGGUGUAGAAAUAGGAAGAUGCAAAGGAACAAUGGUGUUGGCAAAGUCUUCUUUGAAUAUCAGGGACUGAGUCAAUAAAAAAAAUAGUAGAAAGGUGGCUUUUACUAUUGACAAAAGCAGGGGUCAAAAAAAAGUAGUCUAAGUCUUAAGACUGAAUAUGCAUUAAAGUAUGCAGGUAGCAAAGAUGUAAUAAAUUUGCUUAAAAAAAGAAAUUAAAGUUUUAUUUAGAAUCAAUUUUACCUGUCAUUGUAAUUGACCCAUCUGAGAAUUACAAUAAGCAAGAGGAAAUUAAGGUGUUUUGCAAGAGCUGUAUUUAUAUUACAGUUUUUUAAAAACAUUUUCUGAAUUAUCAUAAUUAAGCUCUCCAACUCAUUAAGUCAGAAUAUAAUAUGAAGUUCCCCAAGGAAAUGAACAAAAUGAACUCUAGAAUAUCUAGCAAAUAGUUAAAGAAGCAAUUUAUUAUUAGGCAUACUCGGGCUGUUUCCAAAUAUAAACUCUAUUGCAAUAUCUUAUUUCAUCUUUCUAAUACAUGUACAGUGCACACUAGAGGAUAGAGCUGCAUCACUUAAAUUCAUGACUUAAAAAAUAAUACAGUUUAUAUACAAUUUGUUUUUUAUUUGAUUAAGAAGUGAAGUUUAUGCCACCCAAUGUAUAGCCAAAUUGUACGUGCUUAAAAAGCAGUGCCGAGAGUAUGUUCAGUUCACAGUAAGUAGACUUAUUGGAAUAAAUAUUCUAUGGUACAUUCUCAGAAAUUGGCUUCCAACUAAAAUACGUUUGACCCAUUUUGAAUAAGGAAAUUGAAAAGAAAAAUUUAAAAGGAGAAAAAAUUGCAUGUUUAUAAACUUUUUAAAUAAAACCAGACCUUGUAAGUGGACAUUAAUAAUUGUCCUGCCUCAUUUGUUUUCACGACUUUGACAACAAGAAGUUCCUGAACAUUAGUCAUGUAUGCUCAGAAUAAAUGUGACUUUGAAAUAUAUGUUAGCUACUGUACAUGUAUAGUCAGUCAAGUAGAAGAGGACCUUCCUGAAAUUCCCACUUGUGACAUUUUCCCAUGGGUUUCCUACACAAUCUUAAAUUUUAUUUCUGUCUAUACUUUCUCAAAUUUUUCCUAUGAUAAGUUCAGUUGUUGGUACUCUUCUAAAAAUAUUCAACGUGAUUAGGAUCAGUUCUAAAAUAUGGGACCCCUUUGAGUGACAAUUCGCACUCCAUGCAUUAUUGGCUCAGUAGCCAAUUUUUGUCACGUCGUUAUAACAAGGAGAUGACAUAAUUAAACAUUUCCAUCGUUUCUAUUCCCUGGGACUGCAUCAGCACAGGCAAGUAUAGAAUGUAAUGUUCUUCAUGGGCCCCACCAGCUUUUUGGUGCCAUGUAAUUUAUUUCUUCGCUGAAGAGAAAAAGAAUUCUGAGACACAGUUAUUAAACCCUUUAUCAACUUUCUACCAUCAGUGCCUGAAUUCUAAUGCAGUGUGAUUUCUCUGGGACAAAGAGACUGAGGAAGAUGAAAAGUUUCUUCAAAGAGUGAAUACAUACUUAUUCACAACUCUAGGAUGUGAGGACUUUAAAUAUCUCUUUAUGAAGUUCCCUGCCUAACCUCUUUCUAUUUAAAGGCAAACAAAUUUCGAAGAGGUUUUGUGUUCCCUCUUUAUGUUUCUCUAUGACCCAGUUUAGUCUAAAACCUUAGUUCAUUACAUAUACAACACAUAGCCUUUGAUCCCUGGUAACUGGCAGGUGUUGGUGAUUAAUAAACCAAGGCUUCAAAGUGAAGUAUGUGUGUGCAGAUGACUUUUAGAAUAACGUGGGCAUAGCAUCAUACCUUCCUGAUUGUCUUCAGCAUAUAAAAAUUAACUGUUGUAGUUAAAAUUAUGUCAGUGCAGAGCUUGUGGUUACUUGGAAUGUUCUUUCAGAAUAGUCCAUGUUGCCUAUUAAACCUAGUUUUAAACACAUUGGGCAGUCAAUUUAUGCACCCAAAAUAUCACCCUCAGGUAGAUUGAGGGCAAGAUAAAAUGCUGUAGCUAUACAAAGGAAUUCAGAAACAUUAUUGGAAAGCAAAGCCUUUGUCAGCUUGCUACUGACAAAGUAGUAAAAAGCUACUAAUCAGUGUGAGUCAGAUGUCAACAGAAAAAUACAAAUACCUAUGAGAGCCACAGCAGUUUCUCAUUUCAUAGCCGAUUCAAUGAAUGUGAUUAGAAAUUCACUGAGCUCACUCUUGCAGGUUUAAACGGAGGCCUGCAUAAGGACUGCAGGAGGAAAUCUGGGUGGGAGAGAAUGUAAUCUGAUCUUGCACUCAUAGGCAAUGCUGCAAUGCAAUCAUGUCCAAUACAAGCACAGCUUCAUUCAUAACAGGAAACGUCUUCUUUGGGAAAAUAGCUCUAUUGGUGCCCAAACUCAGGUAUGCCAGUGUAUGCAGGUGGAGUCGCCCUACCCCUCUUCCAAACAUGUCCUGUGAGAUUUUUAAAAUAAGAUGGGAUAGUACAGGGGCAUGAAAAGAAUUGAUUCCUUCACAGGAUUUGAAUCCAGUUCAAGGGAGAAUGUAGAAAAUUCAAAACCAACAUAUAAGGUAUCACACAACCAAGAAAAGUAAAAUCAUUGCAAGUUUACUUGCGUUGAGUACAAAACAGAUUUAAUGGUGUUCUAUGUCAUAGUUUAAUGCUCUGGGUAUUUAAAUAUGUUUUCAACAGGAUUUGAGUUGAAAGUUUGUAAUGUGCUUUGAUGGAACACCUCUCAAUUUCUAUUCAAUAAAUUUAUGUAAUUGUCCAUUGACAAUAUAAUGAUAACAGUACCAUUGAACUCUAAACUGUGGUUUAUCUUCACUGCUGGGAAGCAACUGUGCAUCAGUAUUAAAGAUAUGCAGAAACAUAAUAUUCACUAAUUUGUUCAUCUGCUUCUGUAUAUUGUUUAUGGAAUUACAUGGCAAGAACUGUUCUAAAGCAACAUGUCUUUCCACAUUAUUUUAGAGGUGAAAUUACUUUUGUUUUGCUUCUCUAUAAUGUGUACUUCAAAUGAAACACCAUACUUUUUUCUAAAAAAAGAUGUUCAAUUUACUAAUUUUUUUAAAUCUCAUAAUUUAAAAAGCAUUUGUUGUGAUUUUAAAGUGUUGCAAGAAAAGGGAUUUUGUGGCCGUGGGUAGACUUUUUAUACUUUGUUUUAUAGAUGGAUUUUUUUUAACUGUAGUUUGUUUAAGUCACCAAGCAGCAUCCAAAAUCUUAAUGUGUUUCAUUUGAUGUUGUUAGAUCAGAGAAGAAAUUGGCAUAAAAUCGGUUAAUAGUAUUGUCAAAGAAUUGUGUAUUGUGUACUCACUGGGAAAAAAUAAAAUAUAUUCACAUUUCAAA